GGGCCGGAAGCGGCCCGCGGGCAGUAUGUUGCCCACCCCUGCCUUAUCAUAUGGGUAUUGUGCAAUAUAAGGCUGAUUGCGAUACAUGACAAGAUUUUUGGGGGAUUCAAACAAUAUUUCCGUAUUCAGGGAGCGCAACCCUGAAAACAUACAAACACGCUUAUCUACUGAACCAUAGAUCAGAACCGCGAUUUUUGACUUGGUGCGCCGGGGUCGUUCCGUUUCUUCAUCUCCGCAAGACCGCAAUGCGAGGUAUUUUUUUGAAUUGGGUGACCGUUUUUUCAAGGCUAAAUUGUAAGUGUCGAAGUAACAGCCAUGCAUUUACAACGUCCAUGCGAGGAAAAAGUUAUUACGUUACUACACCAAUAUUUUAUGUGAAUUCACAGCCUCAUCUGGGGCAUUUGUAUACUGCAACUCUGGCUGAUGUUGCUGGUCGUUGGCAAAGACUGAAGAAUGGAAAAGAAGUUGUGUUUGCGACAGGAACAGAUGAACAUGGACAGAAAAUUCAGGAAGCUGCUGCUGAGGAAGAAAUGGAACCCAAGUCCUUUUGUGAUAAAGUCUCUGGAAGAUAUAAAGAUUUGUAUGAACUAUGUAACAUAGACUAUACUGAUUUCAUCAGAACAACAGACACUCGUCAUAAAGAAGCUGUUCAUGCUUUUUGGAAAAUUUUAGAAGAUAAAGGAUAUAUCUACAAAGGCUCAUAUGAAGGAUGGUACAGUACUCAGGACGAAAAUUUUGUGACUGAACUCCAAACCAAAAUAUCGGCGGGUCAUAGAAUAUCAAUUGAAAGUGGACAUAAAGUAGAAUGGGUUAAGGAGAAUAAUUACGUAUUCAGAUUAUCUGCUGUCAUCGAUGAAGUGAAAACUUGGGCUCGACAGAAUCCAAGCUGUGUUUAUCCUGCAAAAUUUCAUCGGGUACUUUUGGAAAAUUUGGAUGCAAUGACUGGUGACAUAUCCAUAUCAAGAGAAAGUUCGAGGGUUUCGUGGGGAAUAGAAACUCCAUCUGAUUCAACACAAACUGUCUACGUUUGGCUGGAUGCUUUGAUUAAUUACUUAACAGUCGCUGGAUUUCCUGACGUAAAUGGUGAAAGGUUUCGAACAACUUGGCCUGCCAAUUGUCAUAUUAUAGGUCAUGACAUUCUGAAAUUCCAUGCAAUUUACUGGCCAGCAUUUCUUAUUGCUGCUGGGCUUGAUCUUCCCAAGCAAAUUGUUGUUCAUUCUCACUGGCUGAUGAAUCGAAGAAAAAUGUCGAAAAGCCUGGGCAAUGUUAUUAAUCCUUUCAACGUAGCGAAUUCUGUAUCUGGUGAACGACUUAAAUAUUUCUUGAUAAAACAGGGAGUUUUAGAACAUGACUGCGAUUUUAAUCAUCACUUAUUGCUGCAAUCUGUAAAUGGUGAUUUGUGCAAUUCACUCGGAAACUGUUUGCAUCGAGCUGUUGCUCCUAAACUGAACCCAGAUCAGAUCUACACAAAUUUUUACAAAGAUUGCUAUCCAAAUUUGAUAAGUUUUAGUGACAAAGCCUCUGGCGAAAAACCAUCUGGUUUAAUCAACUUAGUUCAGAAAUUGCCUGAUGACGUCAACAAGUUUUGUGAAGACUUUCAUUUUUAUAAAGCAGCUGAAGCAAUCAUGGAAUGUGUUCGUGAAUCAAAUCUGUUGAUUCAUAGAAAUAAAACGUGGAGGCUUGAUCUUCACAAUGCAAGAGAUAAGAAACUCAACGACACAGCUUUACAUUGUGUUUACGAAACUCUUCGUGUAUGUGGUAUAUUAUUACAACCUUUUGUUCCGCGUAUUGCCAAUGAUAUGCUGGAUAGAUUGAAUGUGCAGCAUCAUGAAAGAACAUUUUUGCAUGCAACCAAAAGUUUUUACGGUUAUGGAAACAGUGCUGAAGCAUGUCCAAUGACUGGUCGAAAACUUGGCAAAAAUAGAGGUGUACUUAUCAAAAAAGUUUCUAAAAUAAGGUUUUGAUAAUGUAAUACAGUGGUUUUCAACAUUUUUUUAUACCAUAAAUUGUUUGUGGAACACUAAGACUAAAUAAAUGAUGGUUUAAAAUUUUCUGAAGUAGAAGGUUGAUUAAUUGG